UUCAGACAUGUGCUCUUCCCUCUGUGGCAGAAGUUAAAGCAUCAUGAGCAUGCUCUCACUGGCAGUACUGUUCCUGCUUUCUGGAGUCCUCUGGGAAUCCUCGGCAGAAGAUUUAAUUCCCACCUAUGACUACCAGGACCCUUAUACCUGGGAGACCUUUAAGUGCAACAAGUGUCCACCAGGUACUCACAUUGCUGCACAUUGCACCGCCACCACGCCCACAAAGUGCGAACCGUGCAGAAGUGACCACUUCACUGAGCUGUGGAACUACCUGCCCAGGUGCCUGUACUGCAACAUCUGCACACAGAAGCAGGAGGUGGAGACGGAGUGCUCCCCAGUCAGAAACAGGGUCUGUCGGUGCAAAGAAGGCUACUACUGGGUGGAUGACUUCUGUGUAAGCCACACCCAGUGUGGCCCUGGAUACGGUGUCCAAGCUAGAGGUACAUCACAAAAAGACACUGUUUGUGAAAAGUGCACCAAUGGCUAUUUUUCCAAAUCAUCCUCUGCGCUGGACUCAUGUGUAAAACAUCAGGAGUGUGCAAACGGGGAGCAGGUACUCCUCCACGGCUCAGCCGCUGAAGACACUCUGUGUGGCUCCUGCGAGGAUUUAGCAAAUAAAGGUGAGAUUUUCAGGACCUUCCUUUCAGCAUUCUUUAGUAAGAACUUAAAGCGGGUCAGACAGCAGAAGAGAUUUGUCUCCAGGAUAAUCUGUAAGUCAGGCCAGGAGAGCUGCGAAGAUGAUGUUCUUCACCAGGAUGGAGGUCUUCUCCUGGAUCAGAUCAAAGCGUGGGUGGCCCACAUUCCAGUCAAGAAGCUACAACACCUGCCAACAGAGCUGAAAGAUGCCCAUCUCAGCUCCAUAGCAGAAAAAUUGAACAAGAGACUCAAUGACAUUAAACAUUUUCCCAACUGUAGCAUAAUAGUGUAAUGGCCAUAAUACAUGCAGAAAUAUGAGAUAUACCACUUUCCUAGAUGCACAUGAGGAUCUUUUGUCAUCACUUAUAUGUUUAGUACAUUGUUACAACAAAAGCUGACUUGUGUCUUACAGGAUGUUUUUAAUGGGCUACAUGAAGUAGUGUGAUAAGUGAAAUUUGUCUUCAUUAUUACCAAAAUGGUCAUAUUGAUUUUUAGGUUUGUGGUGAACAAGAUGUUAAAACAUUUGUUAUGAUAUUGUUGUGAAUUUAUAUUUUUUAAAUACAUAAUACUUUCUUUAAGUUUUUAAAAGUGAAAGAAACUGACAUUUCAGAAGGACAAAAUGUUUAAAUGUUUUGAAUAUUAGUCUAAGAUCAUUAAAUGUAAUGUAUGUAGACCAAAUGCAGGCUGUUUGAUGAAGAGAAUAAGCUUCAAUCCGUUAUUUUAUGUAAGGGGUUCAAUUAAAUUGUUUGACAAAAA